GGGCGUGUCAGUGUCCCCUUUGGUCACACAUCUGACGUGGGUCAUGGUAUCUGUCAAAUUAGUUUUAUUGUCGUCUCGAUAACCUGCGUACGGUUCUAUUCUAUCAACAAAUUUAACCGUAGGCUACUCACGCUACACAUAGAACUGUGUUGUAAAUGAAAGUUUCUGGAUAAAGAGAACUAGCUGUCUUCCACAAGUGUUCAUCCGCAGAAUGCGGCACAUCUAGCACUGAGGGGAAUAGAAACGGUUCCUGGAAAUCGAUUGCAUGUGUGCCGGGUAGUUAGUUAAGAAGGCAUUUGAACGACGGGUUGCUUGCUUGUUUAUCUGGUGUGAAAGACGGCAGAUAUUGAACAGCGACUAAAACGUUUUGGGAACAUUAAGCAACUGAUUGAAUUAUUCAGCGGAAAAGCCUUCAAAGUAUUCACACCCCUUUGACUUUUUCCACAUUUUGGUGUUACAAGGCGCCAAGAUGUCCAAUGAGCUUGAUGCGGGGGACCAUGGGCCAAUGAAACUGCUCACUACCAUGUUCUCGUCCCUCCAGGAGACGUUCCACAGAGACCGGAGUGAUAGGGAUUCGACACUGCCUCGGCCUACAGCCCCAGCCCUAGUGGUGACCUCGGCCCAGAACCAGAGUCACCUCUUCUUUGAGUACCUGGUGGUGGUCAGCCUACGGAAGAAGAGAGGGGAAGGAACGUACGAACCCCAGAUCACAUAUCAGUUCCCCAAGCUAGCUAACAUGAGGCGCUCUCAGAGAGACGAAGAAGAGAAGUCCCUGAAAGCCAUCCUGCUUUUCUGUUUCCCAGAGGGGGUGAACUGGGCCCCCCUGACUGAAUAUGCCAGUGAGACAUUCUCCUUCGUGUUGACAGAGGUCGACGGCAGUAGGAGGAAUGGCUACUGCAGGAGGUUACUGCCCAGUGGCAAAGGGGCACGGCCUCCGGAGGCCUAUUGCAUCAUCAGCCAGGUGGCCUGCUUUGGACUCUUCUCCAAGAUCUUUGAUGAGGUGGAGAAGCGCAGGCAGAUCUCCAUGGCGAUGAUCUAUCCAUUCAUGCAGAGCCUGAGGGAGGCGCCGUUCCCUGCUCCCGGAAACACUGUCAAGAUCAAGAGCUUCAUACCAGAGUCUGGAACAGAGGUCAUCAGUUUGACAAGGCCGUUGGACUCGUGGUUGGAGCAUGUGGAUUUCCGGACACUGUUCCGCUGUCUCACAGACGAGGAGGUGCUGCGGGUGUUUGCCUCCACCGUUCUCGAACGACGAAUCAUCUUCAUGGCUGACGAACUCAGUACCCUGUCCCAGGUGUUGCAUGCGGUUGCGGCACUGCUCUAUCCGUUCACAUGGCAACACACCUUCAUCUCCAUCGUUCCUUCAGUGCUGAUUGAUGUCGUCAUGGCACCCACUCCCUACCUGCUUGGUGUGCAAAAGAACAAACUGGAUGAUGUCAUCGACCAGAGCGACAUGCUCAUUGUAGAUCUGACAGAGGGAGCAGAGAACACCUUCAUCACUUGUAUAGGAGAUGAGAGCACCAUCCUACCAGAGAAACUACAGGGGGAGCUUCUCCAGGCCUUGUGUUGUAGGAAAGACAACUCCAAUAAGACAGACUCCAUCAGCAACAAAUCAAACCACAUGAAGCAGCAUCAUAGUCCAUACAAACCCAACGAUAGAACCUCGGAGGAGUUGAAUAAGGUGGUCUCGGAGGCCUUCCUCUCCUUCUUUGUGAAGACUGUGGGUCACUUCCCCUCCUAUGUUAAACGCAGAAGCGGCGGGCAGCCUGGAGUAUUCCAGAUCAACAGCUUCUGCAAGGCCUCCGAGCCGAAGGCCAGCCGCCAAUUUGUCAAACGCUUCAUCCAGACACAGAUGUUUGACCUCUUCAUCCAGGAAGUGGAGAGACAGCCCACACAGGAAGGAUUCUUCCACCAAAAAAUUGCAGAGUACCAACAAAGUAAGAAGAAAGAGAAGGCAAAGAGAGGCUGGGUGAGAGGACUUGUGGUGUAAAUGUAGGCGUCCUCAGACAAAUUGAUUCUGAUCAUGUGUACAUUUGUGAUGCUGGAUAAGGGUGAGGCUACAGGAAGUUGCUGCUGUCUCAGUGGAGCGGAGAUGGUGACAAUCUAAGUCUGCAGUAUUUUCUCUUGCCUGUAAAAAUUGUACGCUACUUCCCUGUCAUGUUGAAUGAAUGUGUGCUAAAGAUGAAGAAACACUUAAACAUGUUUUUGUCAAUGUUUCUAGGUUUAUUGAAGGAUGUGUUACUUCUGUUGUGAUGACUUGGCAAAAGGUUUAUUUAUUGCACUUUUGUGCUGCAAGAUGCUCUUACAUUCAUAACUAAACAUACCUAUGAGUAUUUCAUAGUAUUCUAAAUAUUUUAUGUUUAUGUUUACUGAGUGCCUUAUAAAUUGUUAUUUUGUUUAUUUAAGCUGUGGGUAUGAAUGUGAAAGUUAGGAUGUGAAUAAGCACCUUUUUUUUUUAUUAUUGUGAAUAAAAGUUGGACCAAU